AGCUUUCAGCUCUCAGCAACCACCUCGACCUUCGAGUAAUAAAAUCGUACCUCUUCACGCGUCAUCUUCGCAAACAUGCCCGCCAAGGCCGCCGCCAAGCCCGCCAAGCCCGCCGCGAAGGCUGCCCCGAAGCCCGCCGCCAAGGCCGCCGCCCCCAAGCCGGCUGCGAAGGCGCCUGCGCCGAAGGCUGCCGCCGUGCCGAAGCCCGCCGCCGCCCCCAAGGCCGCCGCUGGCGCGUCCAACGGCGUGUACGUGAAGAACUGGGGCACCGGCUCCGUCGCGGACGCUAAGGCGGUGUUCUCCGCUGCCGGCAACGUGACCAAGGUGCAGCUGCGCCGCCACCGCUACGCGAUCGUGUUCUUCGACAACUCCGCCGCCGUGAAGAAGGCCAUCGACCUGUUCAACGAGAAGGAGGUGCUCGGCCAGACGGUGCUGGUGGUGCCGGCGAAGACGAGCCCGCGCGCGGACGCCCACGAGAACUCGGCGUGCGUGUUUGUGAGCCCGAUCUUCCGCCCGAGCACGACGAAGAAGCAGGCGAUGGAGCUGUUCGCUGGCGUGAAGGUGCUGCGCAUGCGCAUCUACCGCCAGAACUUCGUGUACGCCUACCUCGACUCCGCGGCGGCGGCGAAGAAGUUCGCGGAGGAGAAGGACGGCACGGAGUUCCGCGGCCACAAGCUGCGUGUGAAGCUGUCCGCCCGCUCUCUGGAGAAGCUGCAGGCGCGCCAGGAGGCCUCCAAGGUCGUCAUGGCUGCCCACCGCCACCACAAGGAGCACCACUAA